GAGCCUCUGCCGCACCAUGUGAUUGCCUGAAAGGCCGGGCUGGGAGCGCUGCGGCGGGAGCCUGGAGGACGGUGAGCUGCCUUGUGGUGUCCGGAGCCCAGCCCUGCCUGGCGGGGCCGCGAGCCCUGGGCGGCACCAGGUGCCCGGAAGUUUGGGCACCGCCUCUGGAACUCCUUGGCCACCAGCAGACAGGAUGGGAGCUCCCUGCAUCCUGUUCUGUGGGCAUGGGUGCUUGCCUCCUGCCCCUUGGUGCUGCCUGCUGAUGUGCCCAGCCUGUGCCCACCAUGCCGCCCUCCAUCUCGGCCUUCCAGGCCGCCUAUAUUGGCAUCGAGGUGCUCAUCGCCCUAGUCUCCGUGCCUGGGAACGUGCUGGUGAUCUGGGCAGUGAAGGUGAACCAGGCACUGCGGGAUGCUACCUUCUGCUUCAUCGUGUCACUGGCAGUGGCUGAUGUGGCAGUGGGUGCUCUGGUCAUCCCACUUGCCAUCCUCAUCAACAUUGGGCCACAGACCUACUUCCACACCUGCCUCAUGGUCACCUGCCCUGUCCUCAUCCUCACUCAGAGCUCCAUCCUGGCCAUGCUGGCAAUUGCUGUCGACCGCUACCUCCGUGUCAAGAUCCCGCUCAGGUACAAGACGGUGGUGACUCCCCGAAGGGCUGCGAUGGCCAUCGCUGGCUGCUGGGUUCUCUCCUUCCUGGUCGGCUUGACGCCUUUGUUCGGCUGGAACAACUUGAGUGAAGUGGAGCAGGACUGGGUGGCCAACGGCAGUGUGGGUGAGCCCCUGAUCAAGUGCGAGUUCGAGAAGGUGAUCAGCAUGGAGUACAUGGUCUAUUUCAACUUCUUCGUCUGGGUGCUGCCCCCACUGCUGCUCAUGGUCCUCAUCUACCUGGAGGUCUUCUACCUUAUCCGCAAGCAGCUCAAUAAGAAGGUGUCAGCAUCCUCGGGCGACCCGCAGAAGUACUAUGGGAAGGAGCUGAAGAUCGCCAAGUCACUGGCCCUCAUCCUCUUCCUCUCUGCCCUUACCUGGCUGCCCCUACACAUCCUUAACUGCAUCGCCCUCUUCUGCCCUUCCUGCCACAAGUCCAGCAUCCUCAUCUACAUCGCCAUCUUCCUUACACACGGCAACUCGGCCAUGAACCCCAUCGUCUAUGCCUUCCGCAUCCAGAAGUUUCGGGUUACCUUCCUUAAGAUUUGGAAUGACCACUUCCGCUGCCAACCUGCACCUCCCAUUGAUGGGGAUCCUCCAGAAGAGAGGCCAGAUGACUAGACUCCACCUCCUGCUCCCACCUGCCCACAUCUGGGGCAUCUCAGCCCAGUCCUCACUUCCAUACUGUCCCACUUGUCUCCCUUAUCUCCCCGACUCUUCCCCACUGGGCUGCGGGCUGUGGGUGCCUUGCACCUCUGGGGCUUGGAGGAGGUUUGGGAGGGCAGUCCUUGGGGAAAGAACCAAGUAACCUGAUGGGAGGAGGAAAGUUGUCUGGGUAGAGCCUGGGGACUCUGAGACUGCCAAGGGGCCCUGUGUCUGAGGGUGAGCUCAGCUCUCACAGCAGGCAGGGGAGUGUGCUUGUCUUAGGUGGUUGUGGUGUAGCCCUGGGACCAAGCUUAAGGAGAAAAGAAGAUACCCACCAAGAUGGAAGGAAGGAGAGAAGCUGGAUAUCCUGGCUUUCUUUCUCUCUUUUUCUCUAGGAAAAAGUGGCCAGAGCCACUGACAAGCAGGAAUCAAGGAGCUUCAGUCCCCACCUGCCAGAACCCUGCGUUCCUGGCCAUGCUGGGUGCCAGGGUGCCUGUUCUCCUUCACCUGGGUAUCCUGGGGUUAUACUUGGUAGAGGAAGAAAGAAAGAGUCCAGAAAUAAUUGCCAAUAUUUGUUUUAUUCUCCACUAGCCCUUGGGACCUGAGUGGCAGCUCCAAGCCCCAGCGCUAGUGUGGAAUGGUAGAUGUGGACCUCAAGGAGCCACUAGGUGGCAGCAUUGAGCCCUCAUUCUUGCCUGAGCGUCCUAAGUGGGAGCCUGGUGGAGCCUGUCAUCCGGGCCACCAGCUCCACCAGCCCCUGAUGAUGGGCCUGUACCCUCCUACGUGACACCCAUCUCUGCUGCUUCUGGGCCAGAUGGUGAGGAGAACUCCAGACAUGCCAGCUUUGGGGAGCAUUCUGCCUGCCAGGGGACGAGAUGGAUGAGGGAAAGCAGGCUGCCGUGGACAGUCUGGGAUGAAGUGAGACAGGCUAGUCAGGCCAGAGGAGACUAGCCUCCUGAGUGUGUGGACAGGAAAGUCUUGCCAGCAUUUACGUUCCCUCAGUAGCCCUGGAACUUAGCACAGUUUUCAUGGGCUUUCUAGGCCUUUAGCCUAGACCCUUGGGGAAGGGUUCACUCCCUGCCAAGUCCAGAGCCCCUUAUCAGAGGGGAGAGGGGCCAGGUUCCAAGUGUGAAUAGCAACUCUAGGCCUUGCUUUCAGGCCCUUUCUUCUCUCAGAUGUGGGAUGUCCCCUGGCCCCCUGACUAAUAAAAGAUUGUGAAGCCUCCUGGAGAACGUAGCUACCACUGUCCAAGGGCUGCAGACAGCUUCGGCAGAAAAGAAGCAAUGAUGAGGGAUGGAGGAGAAGUGAAGAGAGGUAGGAUGUGGGGGUGAUUGGAGCAAGGAGUGUUCCAGAGAAGGCCAUGUCUGUUCCUAUAGUUAUCCUCUUAGGGGAGCAAACCCUAAAUGUGAAAGGAGAUCCUAAAAAAUCUCAUACCCGGCAAACACCCAUAACGGCUUGCGUUCCCUCCCUCCAGCACCUUCCUCGUGGUGUCAUAGGUGGAGACCCCCUCGUAGUGACACAUUCAACAUCCCCCUCAUGGUGACACAGGGCCGUGCCCACACGGAUGAUGCUCACUGUCACAGAGGCCCCUGUACUGUAACACCACACACCUUUAUUCAAGUGCUUCACGCCCAGCGCACUACUCUCUGCAGCAGUGCUCCAAUCUUAGCACCUUCUGGGGCCCCUUGUGUCCAGGAAGCCUGGCCUGAGACCUGCUAGGCCCACUCUUGGGGGAGGAAGGGGGCUGGCAGGUACCAAGGAGCAAAGCCAUCAGCUGUCACUGUGGAAACGGGAAUCUGUGGUAUCCGUGGAGCUUGAUUCUAGGCCCGGCUGCCCUGACCCCUCAGGCCUGCAGCACCUGGCAGAGAACAGGUUUCAUGAGCCCCUGCUGUUAGCGGAGCUGGGCUACCUGUGCCUGCUGAAGAGGUGAGAUGGGGUGGGCAAAGCAGCACCCCUUCCCCUUCCCAGGCCUUCCUCCCUAAGGGCCCAAAGCCCAGGUCUGAGCUCUGCCCAUUGGACAUUUUCACUUGUCCAGAAUCUCACCUGGGUAGGGAAGUCAGGGGGUGGUUAAUGCCACCCACUGCAUUAGGUCCAAGGGAAUUCCCUGGCCUAAGGUCAUUCUGAGCCAGGACUAGACCCUGCAUGGUGUCCGUCCACUGCAUCACCCACUUCAGGCCUCACUAGCAUCAGCCUGCCCUGCAGUCUCUGGAACACUCUAGGACUGUGCCAGUGCAUUGCCUGUGACUGCAGAUGUGUACCUAGAGCUGAACGCCACCCCCUCUCACCCCCACCCCUGCUCCUGGCCUCCACUGGCAGGCGCAGCAGGGGGAGUACAUGCAGCCACUCACCUUUCUCCUCAUCACGGCCUCCUCCAGGGGCUCUUCAGUGUGUGGCUGAGGCUGGGAGAGACCCAAAGGUUAGAGCUCCAGAGGGGAUGGGUGUCUGCUGGGGACCUGAGCAGGGGAGGGGGCUGAAGGGGGGUGAGUGAGGCUCACACCCUCACCCCAAGGAUCCGUCUGUCCACAAGGUGGACUCUACCACCUCCUUUCCCCACACUGAGCCCUCCUUCCUCGUGGAAAGUCCUUCUGACCGCCCGACCUCAAUCUUUACUGCUCCCUGUCUUGCCUUGAUUUUCAGGGCUCAGCCCAGUGCUCUAGGCCACCAGAAGAGGUGGCUUCUCCUGUUCUCCCAUCCAUGGGAGGGUUUCUAAGGAGCAUCCCCCCUCAAGCCCUCACCUUUGACCUCCAGCCGGCAGUCCACAGAUGCCUCCCCCAGCACAUUGAUGGCCUUGCAGGUAUAGACCCCGGAAUCGAAGGGGCUGGGUUUCCGGAUCUCCAGGGUACAGACACCUUGCUCAGAGAUGGCCCGGUAUUUGGGGUCACCCUGGAUGUUCAUCUUGUUUUUCAUCCAGAUGAUCUUGGGCUGGGGGAGCAAGGUCAGAGGAGAACUCAGAAAGUUGUGGAUUAGGUCAAGACUCUCGAAGGCCAUCAGGCCAUCCUCAGGCUUUGGCAGGGAUGCCUGAGAAGAUUCUUCAACCCCACUGCCCCCACCAGGGCACAGCAGGCCCUGCCCCUCACCUUGGGUGAUGCUCGGACACUGCAGAAGAGCUGAGUACUGUAGCCAGGGGUAGAGAUGUGGUCAGCCAGGGGUUGGGUGAAUGAAGGGGCUUCUGAGAAGUCUCGCUCAACAAAGCUUUUAGGUUUGGCAACAAUAUCUGGUUUUAGGAGAGAAAGUGUGGUAAUUUCGAGGUGACAGGAGGAGCCCUCUUAGGACUGACCUCAUCUGUUUUCCUAAGUAUCCCUACAGCUUACAGCUGGGUGUUUCAUUGAAUCUAUACAGCAUUCGCCCAUAAGGGUAGGUUUGUCAUCCCAGUUCACAGGUGGAAAACUGAAGCCCUUCAUGGAUGAGGGACUUGCACAGUAUCACCUAGUGAGUUUGGGGCUUAAGGGGUGGAAGGUCAUGUGAUGACUAUGGCUCUCUGGGCAGAGAGCUGGUGAUCUGGAGGAAUAUUGAGGGCGGUGCCAAUUCAUUUCAUCCUGCCUCCUCUGGAGCCUCCUGGCAGGACCCCAGUCCCCUAGGAUCUCUGGGAAGCCAGGCACAGCCCACCUACAGGAACUUGGAGACAGAAGGUCUCAAAGGGGCAGAGAAAAGCCGAGACCAUGGCUGGGCGAGUCAGAGAGGGGAACAGAGAGGAGUGGGCAGCAAAGCCAAAGAGUUGCAAUGAUCUUGGCUGAGGGUAGAGAUGAAAAACCCCAGAGAUUCCACAUUUCUUUUCUGUUUGUCUUAGGAGAACUGACUGGCUUUCCUCUUUUAAACAAAAAUGUAUUCCUAAUUCUGUGCAGCUCAGGCUAGUGUUUAAAAGAGCAUGCUUUCUGCAGCCCACACAGACUCAUGAAGGCGGGGGUGGGGGUGGGGGACUGGGAGCGUGCAGGGUGACAGGGAGAAAGGGCUUGGAAUUUCACAUUUGACGCAAGAGGGCCAUGUGCCUGUGUGGAGACAGUAAAUACCCAUAUCUCUCCUUCA